GGGCCUGAACGCAGCAUCCCGCAUCCUGGGGGCGCUGACGUAGGAGUUCCCUGGCAGUCAGGGUGAACAAAAAAUUUGACGAAAGUGGACCAGAAACUGCGAAAAAUACCGCAGACUAUUGUAAAGGAACCCAGCUGGGACUGAAACGUUGAUUGCGGGCAAGCCGGUGUCUGCUCCCGACCUGAGCCGAAGAUGACCACGGAGAAGACUGAAUACACUCCGGUGCAGGGGGGACCCUCUCUCCCCGGGCAGCCAGUGUUUCCUGUCGCAUUUGACAUGAAUAUGCAAGGGCCAAACAUGUUCGGAGGCCCUGCUGCUGGUGGUCUCACUGCACCUGGUGGCUUCCCUGCCUCUGAUGGUUUCAUGGCCCCUGGUGGUUUCCCUUUCCCCCAUCCCACUGCUUUUGGACCUGGUGUUCCCGGAGCUUUCGGAAUGGCCCCAAACCCUCAAGGCGGCUUAGGAUAUGGCGCCAACCCCUCUUCUUCACCAUAUUCUCCACCAGGCCAGGGCCUUAAUGGCAACUUCAGCGAUGAUGUUUACCACCACGAGGAAGAGCCACCACCCUUUCACGAGAAUCAAGACUUUGAUUUUGGAUUAGAUAACAAGAGCAUAAGAAGAGCCUUCAUUCGAAAGGUGUUUUUGGUGUUGACUGCUCAGCUGAUGGUGACCUUCGCCUUUGUGGCUGUUUUCACCUUCGUGGAACAAGUCAAAGUAUUUGUCAUGGUGAACACCUGGACCUACUUGGUGUCCUACGGGAUAUUCUUUGUGUCAGUCUGUGUGAUCAGCUGCUGUGGAAGCGUUCGCCGAAGACAUCCUUGGAACCUGGUUGCAUUAUCCGUCCUGACUCUCAGUAUGUCUUACAUGGUGGGAAUGAUCGCCAGCUUCCAUGACACUGACUCAGUGGUCAUGGCAGUGGGUAUCACAGCAGUUGUGUGCUUUACAGUGGUCAUCUUCUCUCUGCAGACCAAGUACGACUUCACUUCCUGUUACGGUGUGCUUUUCGUCUGUUGUAUUGUCCUGAUCGUCUUCGGCCUCCUCUGCAUCUUCAUCCGUGACAGGAUUCUGCACAUUGUGUAUGCUGGACUGGGAGCGUUGCUCUUCACCUGCUUCUUGGCGGUGGACACGCAGCUGCUGCUUGGAAACAAGGAACUCUCCCUGAGUCCAGAGGAAUAUGUCUUUGCUGCCCUUAACCUGUACACAGACAUCAUCAACAUCUUUCUGUAUAUUCUUGCUAUCAUUGGAAGAGCAAGGGGGGGCUGAGCAAAAAGAAUAACGGAUAGAAAUUCUGACAGAAAAGUGUUUUGAGUUAAUGUCUGGAAGUGAAUUCCCAUAAUCUUGAUUUUUGUCUUGUAGUGUGCACUGAUCACGUAGUUGAGUAAUUUUUUGCUUCACCCAGCGUAAAUGUUAUUUUGAAAGAUAAUAUAAGUAGAUAGUCUAUGUUGUAGUUUGGGGAUUCAUUAAGGCUUUCUGAGGAAUAUGACCUGAUGUACAAAAGUUUUUAGGAGAUUAUAUCUUAUGCCGUACAGAAUCAAUGCUGUAAAUAUUUGACAAAUUCUAACAGGGCUUCUAACUGUACCAGCAGACGCAGUUUGAUCAGCUGUCAUGGAGAUGA